UCCUUUUUCGCUAACAUCGUCCGGCGUGUGUCCCUCGGUCAGUCGGUCAGUCGACUUGUCUUCUUGUCCCUUGUCUGUCAACAUGUCCCGCUGCCUCGCGCUGGCCCGGUUCGCCCUCGGUUCCUCGAGGACCAACUCACGGCUGACGUCAUGUGUGCGAGGACUCAGCAGCGGAGUUACCUCGCGCUCGUUCACUGGAGACCUGCAGGCUGGACAGCAGUGGGGGUGGAGCAGUCGGCCCCCCUUGUGGAGCUCCCAGCGGCCCGGCCUGGGCUUCAGCCAGCAGUCCUACUACAGCACCCAGGAGGCGGAGAAGCAGCCUGAGAAGCAGCCUGAGAAAGAGCUGGAGAAGGACCUGGAGAAGGGGCUGGAGAAGGAGCUGGAGAAGGAGCCUGAAGAGGAGCCUCUGCACACCAUCAUCAGCGACACUGAGGCUGUUCAAGGUGACUUUUCCAAACAUGAAUUUCAGGCUGAGACGAAAAAACUGCUGGACAUAGUCGCCAGGUCCUUGUACUCCGAGAAGGAGGUGUUCAUCAGGGAGCUGAUCUCCAACGGCAGUGACGCUCUGGAGAAGCUGCGCCACAAACUGAUGACGGCAGGCGGAGAAACGGCUCAGAUGGAGAUCCACCUGCAGACUGACAGUGCCAAGGGCACCUUAACCAUUCAGGACACAGGAGUGGGGAUGAACCAAGAGGAGCUGGUGGCCAACCUGGGGACCAUCGCCCGCUCUGGGUCAAAGGCCUUUUUGGAUGCCCUGACCAACCAGGCGGAGGCCAGCAGCACCAUCAUUGGUCAGUUCGGGGUGGGCUUCUACUCCGCCUUCAUGGUGGCUGACUCGGUGGAGGUCUACUCGCGAUCAGCUGAGCCCGACGCACCCGGAUACAAGUGGUCCUCUGACGGCUCUGGAGUUUUUGAGAUCGCUGAAGCCACCGGUGUUCAACGGGGAACAAAGAUCGUGCUGCGCUUCAAAGACGACUGCAAAGAGUUUUCCGCUGAGGACAGAGUCAAAGAGGUUGUGACAAAGUACAGCAACUUUGUCAGCUUCCCCAUCUUCCUGAACGGGCGGAGGCUCAACACUCUGCAGGCCUUGUGGAUGAUGGAGCCUAAAGAGAUCAGUGACUGGCAGCACGAGGAGUUUUACCGUUAUGUGGCCCAGGCCUACGAUAAGCCCCGCUACACGCUGCAUUACCGCGCCGACGCACCCGUCAACAUCCGGAGCAUCUUCUAUGUUCCUGACGCGAAGCCAAGCAUGUUUGAUGUGAGCAGGGAGAUGGGCUCCAGCGUGGCUCUGUUCAGCCGGAAGGUUCUGAUCCAGACCAAAGCAACCGACAUCCUGCCCAAGUGGCUGCGCUUCCUCCGAGGUGUGGUGGACAGUGAGGACAUCCCUCUGAAUCUGAGCAGAGAGCUGCUGCAGGAGAGCGCCCUCAUCAGGAAGCUGCGUGACGUUCUGCAGCAGCGUGUGAUCCGCUUCCUGCUAGACCAGAGCAAGAAGGAGCCGGAGAAAUACAAGAAGUUCUUUGAGGAGUACGGCCUCUUCAUGAGGGAGGGCAUCGUCACCACGCAGGAACAAGACGUCAAGGAGGACAUUGCGAAGCUGUUGAGAUACGAGUCCUCUGCUCUGCCUGCCGGCGAGCAGACCAACCUGAUGGAGUACUCCUCCCGCAUGAAGGCCGGCGACCGCAACAUCUACUACCUGUGUGCGCCCAACCGCCAUCUGGCAGAGCACUCCCCGUACUACGAGGCCAUGAAACAGAAAGACAUGGAGGUGCUGUUCUGCUACGAGCAGUUUGACGAGCUGACCCUGCUCCACCUGCGGGAUUUCGACAAGAAGAAGGUGAUCUCCGUGGAGACGGACAUCGUGGUGGAUCACUACAAAGAGGAGAAGUUUGAAGACGUGAAGCCAGCCUCUGAGCGCCUGACCCAGGAUCAGUCCGAAGACCUCAUCUCCUGGAUGAAGAACGCUUUGGGCCCCCGAGUCACCAACAUAAAGCUGACCCCCCGGCUGGACACCCACCCAGCGAUGAUCACGGUGCUGGAGAUGGGGGCUGCUCGCCACUUCCUCCGCACCCAGCAGCUGGCUCGCACCCCUGAGGAGAGAGCGCAGAUUCUGCAGCCCACACUGGAGAUCAAUGCAGGACAUGAUUUGAUCAAGAAGCUGCAGGCACUGAAGGAGAGCAACUCUGAGCUGGCUGGACUGCUCCUGGAACAGAUCUAUGACAAUGCCAUGAUCACAGCCGGCCUGAACGACGACCCCCGACCGAUGAUUUCCCGCCUUAACGACCUGCUGACUAAAGCUCUGGAGAAGCACUGAGAGACAGACACUACAGUGCAGACUGACUGGGUGUUAAGCCUCUGAAGGGCGUACAAAGCUGGAUGACUGCAGAAGAGAACCAACAGGACUGUGUUCGUCUGGAGCCUUAAAACCACAUCUCUUUCCCUCUAGACUACUUCAUUGAACCCUUAUGGAGAGCACACAAAGGCUUUAAAGAGCAGCUGUUGUGAAGAUGAACUGAAGGAAGCUUCUCUGUAAAUCCCUGUGUGCAGCACUGUUUCAUCAGGAGUAUGGAGGCAACUCUAAUCUCUAGAUUCUCAUUUCAAAAUCCUUGUGAAAUACCAUGUGUGAAGUGUGCAUUAAAGCUUUGAAGUGGUAGGAGUCUAUUCAGGGCUUCAUUACAAAUGCAAAUCCUUUUUUUGUUAAUGUUAUGUUCGCUUUGUGGUUUAUGGAAUGUGGCAAUAUUUAAUGUAAUUAAAUAUGUUUGAACUGGGU